AUGAUUUGUAAGAUCCGAUCGGUUGAAACCCUUGACACUCAUAUUUCUUGCUCUGAAGACAACUGCACCGAUCAUUCUUUGCAUUCAAUACAUAUCUCACAUGACAUUGGUCCUCUUGACGCAUUUACAGCACAAUUAAGUUCUUGUCAAACGCAAACGGAAUUAUUUAUUCCACCGGUACUAAACUUAUGGGCCAGAUGUGAGGCGGGUAUACAAACGCAGCCAUUAUUGCAAAGGUUGGACAAUGACAAGGGCAAGUGCAUGGACGAGCCAUCCUGCGUUGAUUCUUGCACCCAGACAGAAUAUGUGAAGAAAUUCGGGAUUGCAGUUGCAGAGGCUUGCUCUUCACAUGAUGAGUCCUGUCGUGACAGCUCUCAAUGGCAGGAAAUGGAGAGAGAUAUGAUGAAAUCAUAUGAAAAUAAGCAUUCAUUUGCAAAAAAAGAUAGUCACAUUGAGACACCUUCGUAUGUCAUUGAAUGUAAGGCGAAUCAGGUAGGUUAUAAGGCUAAACUCAAGUGGUUCUUAACAAUCUUCUUUGAAAUAGUAACCAUUUGA